AAAUAAGCUAAUUUAAUUUAAAAAAAGAUACAAGCAAAAGAAGAAAUAGUUUGUGGCGAAUCUGCUCCUUUCAACGUCACGGCUCGGUCGAGGCAGAACCAAGGGCUCUUCCAUCGCCUGCAGCCCGGCGCCUGUCUCGGAGGUCGAGGAGUCUUGCGCCUGCCGAGGACAUGAGUGAUUGGAUGCCCAUCGCCAAGGAGUAUGACCCCCUCAAAGCUGGCAGCAUUGAUGGCACUGACGAAGAACCGCACGAUCGCGCCAUCUGGAGGGCAAUGCUGGCACGCUACGCCCCCAACAAAGGGGUCAUAGGGGAUCCUCUCCUAACCCUGUUUGUGGCAAGACUAAACCUGCAGACCAAAGAGGAGAAGCUAAAGGAAGUAUUUUCCCGUUAUGGGGACAUCCGGCGGCUCCGGCUGGUGAGGGACUUGGUGACAGGCUUUUCAAAGGGCUACGCCUUCAUCGAGUACAAGGAGGAACGCUCUGUGAUCAAAGCUUACCGCGACGCCGAUGGCCUGGUCAUUGACCAGCACGAGAUAUUUGUGGACUAUGAACUGGAAAGGACUCUCAAAGGGUGGAUCCCUCGGCGACUCGGAGGAGGCCUGGGGGGGAAAAAGGAAUCUGGGCAGCUGAGAUUUGGGGGACGGGAUCGACCAUUUCGAAAACCCAUCAAUUUGCCAGUCGUUAAAAAUGAUCAGUAUAGGGAGGGGAAGAGGGAAAGGAGGGAGCGGUCUCGAUCCAGAGAAAGACACUGGGACUCGAGGCCGAGAGAUCGGGAUCAUGACAGGGGCCGAGAGAAGAGAUGGUCAGAAAGAGAGCCAGCCAGGGCGUGGCCUGAAAAUGACUGGGAGAGAGAGAGGGACUUUCGAGAUGACAGGGUCAAGGGGAGGGAGAAAAGGGACAGAAGUAAGUAGGGAUUUGCGACCAGCAACAGCACCUGGAUAAAGGUGGUCUGCAUUGUUUUCAUACAACUCCAUGUUCAAUGGCUGAAUAAAACUUAUUGAUGGUG